CGACCUCCACGCGGAGCGCAGGAGCCAGGAAUUUGUGGACGGCCAGCAGCAGCUGAAAGUAUGUCUAAUGCCGCAGGUCGAACUCCUGUUCUCGUAUUAUUCGGUCUAUAAACGGCCAACCAUGUCACAAGUUCUUAUAAGGCUCCACCAGAUCAGGUCCUUGGAGGCAUUUGCUGUUUAUGAACAGUGGCCGCAAACUGAGAUCGACGAAUUGUUUGAAUUGACAGAUUGUUACAGUACAAGGCGCCUGCUGAUGUUGAUGAGCUUACAAGAGUCGAUGAGAGAAGCAAAUCUUGCUGUCCUGAGGCUGAAAGCCAUUCUGAACUAUCGCCUUUCGUAAACUUCCGGAUGAAAGUGUGAAGAAGAACUCGUGUACAACAUCUUCUUUUCUGAAAUAACAAAGCAGUGAAGACUUGCACUUGUAGCAGCUGGAGAGCGUGAUCGCAGUAACGGGAUAGAUAUACAAGGUUAGAUAUGUCUAGUGCCCUAGACAUAUCUAAGUACAACCUAUGGACCUCAUAAGUACAACCUGGACCAUCAUCAAAAGCUGCUCAGCAGCAAAAACUAAAUAUCCGGCCUCUCUACGCUACAAGCUGGAGUCGCUUGCAGUAUUGCAGUUGCUCUCCUCAUAGAGCAGCCAUGGUAGUUGUACAUAACGUAUGACAGGACUGAUCCCCCACCGUCGUGGAACAAACGCAUCACGAAACACCACCCAUGUGCCCCGCCAGCGACACUUGUGGAGAUAAUUAUGAAAUGUGAAAGUAAAUUCAACCUAUUCGUCCGUGAUAGUUUCUGAAGAGUCUCCUUACUAUGAGGAUGAAUAAGCUUACAGUGGAACUAAAACAAAGUGUGUCAACAUUGUUUAUUGAGGUUAGAUUGGAAUGACUUGUAUUAAUGAGGACGAAGCGAGGAAGCCUCGGGAGAAUCUCUUCAAACGGCCGUAUGGAUG